AUCGGAAAGACUGGCUGCGUUUAGUGCACUCGGAGCGACGUACACGCGUACAAUCUUCCACGCCCAAAAAGCGAUGCUGGUCCAACUGCUGACCCUCGGCCUGGGGCUGCUGCUGGUUGCGGAAGAGCAGCUGCAGGUAUUGGCCCUGACCAUCACCAACGGGCACUGCCAGAAGAAUAUCAGCGUCAAGUACCAGGUGCCGGUGACCAGGACUCGAAUGCCCGCCAACGCCAGCUCGGAGUCGCAAGCGGAGCAGUACGUGGUGUACGAGGAGCGGAUACGCUGGGACAACGUGCAGGUGUGCUGCCCUGGGUAUCGCACCAUUUUGUUCGGCUUCUGCGAGCCCAUCUGCCUCGAGGCCUGCCCAGCCCACAGCUACUGCGUGGAGCCGAACAAGUGCCACUGCAUGCGCGGCUACGAGCACUCCCACCACCCGAACAAGCAGCACCAGCUCAUCUGCCGCCCCAUCUGCCAGGGCGGCUGUCCGGAGCACAGCCACUGCGUCUCCCACAACGAGUGCGAGUGCCGGGCCGGCUACAAGGACGUGAGCCGCUGGUUCAGCCUCAGCCUCAUCUGCGAGCGUGUCCAAUGCGGCCAGGAGCAGCGCUAUGACCCCGCCCGCCACUCCUGUGUCAAAAUCGAGAUGAGCAUGGAGGAGCUGAUGCAGCGCGUGGCCGAGCGCCUGGCCCAGGGUCUGGAGUCGACCACCGAGCAAGACGGAGACGACAACAAUGAGACUUAGUUAAGUAGAAUCGAGUAACUUAGAAGCAUGCAAACCUUAAAAAAGAAACCACAAAAUGUGUUGGACUGAUGAUUGAUUGCAAUAAGAAUAUUGAAUUAAACCCUAAACAAUAAUGAACAGCAUUAGUUCCGCAUGGAGUAAAUCUUCUACAACUUCUUCUACUUUGGAUACGUUUUUAUGGCGAUUCCGAGAUUGUAUUCUUCAACACAAUAGUUUUAUUUCUCAGUGUAACCGACAAACAGAUUAAUUAUGAAAAUUUAUAAUAAAGUGCAGAUUAGGCUGGGCCAAAAUUUGA